AUGGACGACGGCGAUGAUGGAGACGCUGCGAUCGCGAGGCUUAUGAUGGAGGAGGAGUACGCCGCCGCGGACGCCGCGGGCCUGGACUACUCGCCGUCCAUGUUCAGCAGGCGAAGGCGUCGCGGGGACGACAGCGAGAGCGACGAGUACUCCCCGCGGCGCGGCGUGAAGCGCGCGGCGAAGCCCAAGCCGAAGCCGCCGCCGAAGCCGUCGCCGAAGCCGAAGCCGAAGAAGGAGCGACCGCCCGCGAAGGCGCCGAGCGGCGGCGCGAGCGGCGUGACGUUGGCGCACCUCAUCGACGCGAAUCUCAUCGCCCCCGGGGUGGACGUCGUGAGCACGCUCUACAACGGCGUCACGGAGCUCGCGACGCUGCGCGACGACGGCGCGAUCGCGUGGGACGGCCGCGAGUUCCACUCCGUCUCCGCCUUCUCGCUCGCGGUGAAGCGACGGACGAACCCGGACCGCAAGGCGGACGACGGGUGGAAGUGCGUCAAAUGCGACGGCGUCGCGCUCGACGCGGUGAAGCGGCGAUACGAGGCGACCGUCGCGGCGGGGGGUGCCGAGGGUGCCGAGGACGCCGCCGGCGACGGCGCGAUCGUUAAGCCCGGCGGCGCCGUGGAGCUGGCGAUGCGGAAGGCGCGGGACGCGAAGGACGCGGCGGCGAGGGAGAGGGAGGCGUCGAAGCCGCCGCCGCCGCCGCCGAAACCCAAGCCGGCGAAGGUUUCGAAACCCAAGCCUCCGAAGGUUUCGAAACCGCCGCGGGACCCUAAAGCGCCGCCGCCGCCGCCGCCGCCGCCGCGUCCGCAGCGCGCGCGCCGCGCGGCGUCCUCGCGCGGCCCGCUCCCCGGCGCUCACGGCCCGAACGGGGACCUGCAGAUGGUCGAGUGCGAGAAACACCCGCGCGGGACGCAGCCGUGGACGCAGACGUUGUCGCCCGCGGCGGCGACGUUGAUGGACUUCCACGCGCACCUGUGCGGCGACGAGAUCAUCGGGUUCUUGGGCGGGACCUUCGACGCGGACGCGAAGACGCUGAAGAUCACGCGCGCGCUCCCGGCGCGACGGUUGACGCUGAAAGACGUCGACGGCGCCGACGCCGCCGUGGAAGUGGAGCUCGACCCGGAGAGCGUUCCGGACAUCGUCGACGCGCUCGACGAGGACGGGUUACGCGUCGUCGGGUGGUACCACUCGCACCCGGUGUUCUCGACGCACCCGUCGCUCCGGGACAUCGAGAACCAGGCGAACUAUCAGUUUCUGUUCAAAGACGGACCGGGACCGGGACCGGGACCGGGCGGGGGCGACGGGAAGGGCGGCGGGUCCGGGUCCCCGCCGCCGUUCGUAGGGUGCAUCGUCGGUCCGUACGACCAAAAGAACGUCUCCGAGAGCAGCGACAUACGGUGGUUCCACGUCGUGGACGACGACGGCGGGGAGACGCGCGGCGGCGUCGGCGGCGCGGCCUCCGCGGCCGCGAGAGCCGCGACGGGCGAGGCCGCGGGAAGGCCGUUCGAGCUCGAGUGCGCCGCCUCGGAGGACGCCGCGCUCCCGCCGAACGUACUUCUCGACCUUCGGAAGCUCGCGGACGCGUUCGGGGACGGCGACGGCGAGCGCGGGGACGGCGACGGCGCGGGCGCGGAGCGCGCGGACAGGGUCGACCUCACGUCGCACUGGAGAGACGGCGUGAGUAAGCUCGCGAAACUGCGCGCGAGUUUAUCCUCGCGGCUGCCGCGGGCGUGGGGGGAGGACAUGCGUAUGAACUACGUCGGCGGCGUGCUGCGAUACCUGGAGCACAAGUGGGGGAUAGCCUCGACGACUUGA